GUUUAUUGUUAGAGCUUAACUUGGCGCGUUGUGUCGACUACGAUGUAGAAUAACUGCUUAGAACACAAUAUAAAAAAAAUAAAUAACAUUCCUAAAAAUGGCAAAGGCAAACAGAGCUGAGGCUGCUGCGGCGCCUGCAGAGGAGCCCCAAUUGAAUUAUUUUCAAAAGAUAAUAGCCUAUCGCAAAUAUCUGGUGAUAGAACCUUUCUUCUUUUUCUACUUUAUGGCCUCGGUGUUCAACCAAGUGGCCAUGGCUAAUUUUCCGUUAGAAAAGGCGUGUCGUGUUAAUCUUGGUUACAAUAAAGAAGUUUGCAUGACAAUGUUGGAUAAAUCGGAGCUGGGCAUCGAAUGCGACGACUUCUCGUUUGAGAAUACAACGCAGGGUGCGACAGCGGAUCAGUUCGGCUUGGGCAUCUCAUCUCCUGGAUUUAAUUACACGGUGUGCAAAGCGGAAGUGGAGGCGCAAAUUCUUAGCGCAGAUGUUUCAGGCAAACGUGCACCCAUCGCUGCCAUUUUCCCAUUGAUUGUGCUGCUCUUCGCCGGAGGCUGGUCGGACAGAUACAACAAGCGUAAGCCAUGUAUGAUACUCCCAAUUGUGGGUGAGGGGCUAUCUUUUACCUGCUUGUUCAUUUCUGCAAUAUUUUUUGAACAAUUACCCAUGGAGUUUGGCAUGUAUCUGGAGGUCAUAGUGCCUUCGCUUUGUGGUGGUCUGACCUUCUGCUUAAUGGCCAUUUACAGCUAUAUGACAAUAUCUACACCUGAAAAGGAUCGUGUAUUUCGUUUUGGCAUCUUUGCUAUGUUUGUAACUGGCGCUCCCUUUCUAGGAGCUGUAAGUGGUGUGCUCUUCAAAACUCUGGGCUAUACAUUAUCUUUUGCUAUGGCUAUUGCUUUUCAAAUAAUCGCCGUGCUGUACAUUAUUUUCUUCAUAAAAGAAAUCAAACCAGAGUCUACGACUAGCAGCACAGAAGCCAAUGGAAAUAAUACUCAGUUAGCUAGUCAUGCAGCUGAUAAUAUGGCCUAUGAAACUACAACUUUGGAUGAGCUGCCUGUAAACAAGAAUGUUAAUUUCCAAUUAACGCCACAGCUGGAGCCACCAAAAUUCGAGCCACCGCCUGUGCCCAAAAAGCGUUCGCUGCUCAAGGAGCUAUUUGAUCCCACGCUAGUGCUGGACUGCAUUAGAUUCCCGUUAGUUAAGCGCGAGAAUAACGGACGCAUGUUGUUGAUUCUGCUGCUGUUGGCUUACUUUUUGACUUUGGGCCCAGCGUCGGGUGAAAACGACUAUUGGUAUCGCUUUACAUUGAAGAAACUCAACUGGAAUGGCAACGACUAUAGCAUAUUUUCAACUAUAUCGGGUGGUGCAGCACUUGUGGGCACCUUCAUAGGCACCGCUAUACUAAGUAAAAUGUUCAAUUGUCCCGACUCUAUAAUUGGCGUGCUCUCUGCUCUGUGUAUUGUCUGCUCUCGUGUUUUAUAUUCACUAGCUAAUACCACUACAUCCUUUUAUCUUGCCAGUGUAGUUGAUAUGUUUGUCAGCUUGCGUGUCAUAGCCAUUAAAACAAUUGGCUCCAGCAUUGUAGCUGGCGACGAGCUAAGCAAAAUGUAUUCCAUAUUCGGCAUAAGCGAACCUAUUGGCCAGUUUAUAUUUCCGCCAAUUUAUAGUGAAAUUUAUAAGAGCACUGUUGACAAUUUUCCGGGUGCUUUCUUUUUGUUUGGCGAAAUCUUUUAUGUGCCUAAUGUGCUAGUUUUUAUUUUAUGCUUUUUCUUGAUGCGUCGUCGUUUGAAUAAACAAAAUGCUGUGGAGCUGGCACAAAAGAACGAAACGAAUGGACAAACAAAUCUUGGCACCGAGAUUACUAGUCUUUAAUUUAAUUAAUAUUAUAUAUACAUUUAUCUACUCUGUGCAUACUUAACCUGUGUACCUGAUGCAUUAGGGAAAGGUCAAGCUUUAAUUUGUUGCUAAAUAUAAAACAUACUCU